AUGGCUUAUUCCCUCUCAGCACAAAAGUUUGUAGCCAUUUCUGAUGUGCACCCUAAUCUUGCUCAUCCUAGUAUAAUUGGUGUGGUAAUUAGGAAAACAGAUGCCAAAGCCUUUCCAGACAGAAAAAACAUUGGAUCAGAAAGGUACACUUUUGGUUUUACUGUUCGUGAUUCGCCAUCUUACUUCAUAAAUGUAAAUUGUUGGGGAAGAGAAGACUACAUUAAAUUACUUACAGAAAGCUUUCGAGUUGGUGACUGUGUCAUAAUUGAAAAUCCUUUAGUACUCACAAAGGAGGUUGAAAAGGAAGAAAAAUUCAGCCCUUCAACUCCUAGCUGCUACAAGCUACUGGUCAGCGAGAAUCAUUCUGUUGUCCGAAUAUGCUCCUGCUAUGAGGUAGACCCCAAACUGCUGUCUGUGUUGAAUCUACCUGUGAAGGACCCUCAAGAUUUUUACUGUCUGGGGGAUAUCGUGGCCAAUGGACAGAACCUGGAUGGAAGAAUAAUUAAUGUUCUUGCAGCCAUUAAGUCAGUUGGUGAGCCAAAGGUUUUCACCACUUCAGACAGACGGACAGGUCACAGAUGUGAAAUAUGGCUGUAUGAUGAAACAGAAUCUUCCUUUGCAAUGAUAUGCUGGGAUAAUGAAUCAAUCCAACUUGCACAGAGCUGGCUACCUCAAGAAACAGUGAUAUUUGCAUCAGAUUUAAGAAUAAACUUUGACAAAUUUAGAAACUGCAUGGUUGCAACUGUAAUCUCAAAAACUAUAAUUACUACUCAGCCUGAUACACCAGAAGCAAAUGUUUUGCUCAGCUUUAUAAGAGAAAAUGCAGAAAUGUUAGAUCUGGAUGAUGACAUGGGAGAUCAAUUCAGAGAGUCCAUAAAUUUGCAGACAAUAGUUGAUGUUUUCACAGUGGAGCAAUUAAAGAUGAAAGCUUUGCAGAAUGAGGGGAAAGUAGAUCAUUUUUAUGGCAUUAUUUUUGCCUACAUUUCUACAUUGAAUAUUGAUAAUGAAACUGCUAAAAUAAUACGAAACAGAUGUGUUAAGUGUCACUAUGUGGUCAAUGAAAACACAAACACAUGUUCUUUCUGCAGCAGAUUGGCUUCCUCCUCAGAUGUAAUGCCAGGCUUUGCUAGCUUUGAUCUGCUAGUUGAUCUAACUGACCAAACAGGCACUCUUCAUUCCUGUAAGCUCUCAGACACAGUAGCUGAGGAAACUUUUGGUUACACGGUUCAGGAGUUCCAGUCUCUGACAGAAGCUCAAAAGACAACCCUAAAAUGGCACUUUCUUUUGGAACGAAGCAAAAUUUAUUUUAAAGUUGUUAUUUCAGCCAAUUCACGAACUGGAUUAAGAGUGAGUCUGCUUUCUUGCAAAUUAGCAGAUCCUAUAGAGGCCAGUCAAAACCUGCCUAGAAAAGAAAAAUAA